UUUACUAUUUUCGUUUGCGAACCAACUAAAUAAAAUGACUCAGGAGAGCGACAACAUUCCAACAUUUAAGCUUGUCCUAGUUGGUGACGGCGGUACAGGCAAGACUACUUUUGUUAAGCGUCAUUUAACUGGCGAAUUUGAGAAGAAAUAUAUUGCAACUCUUGGUGUUGAGGUGCAUCCGUUGACCUUUCACACAACUCGUGGCCAAAUCCGUUUCAAUGUUUGGGAUACUGCUGGACAAGAAAAGUUUGGAGGACUUCGUGAUGGAUAUUACAUUCAGGGACAAUGUGCCAUAGUUAUGUUCGAUGUAACCGCACGUGUUACUUACAAGAACGUUCCGAAUUGGCAUCGUGACUUGGUCCGAGUGUGUGAGAAUAUACCAAUUGUUUUGGUUGGAAAUAAGGUUGAUGUUAAGGACAGGAAGGUCAAAGCCAAAAGUAUCACUUUCCAUCGCAAGAAGAAUCUUCAGUACUACGAUAUUUCGGCCAAGAGUAACUACAACUUUGAGAAGCCGUUCCUUUACCUCGCAAGGAAGUUGGUUGGCGAUCCUAACCUCGACUUUGUUGCUAUGCCAGCUCUUGCACCUCCUGAGGUACAUAUGGAUCCGGCUUUGGCUGCACAAUACGAACAAGAAGUGAAAGAGGCUGCAAAUGCUGAGCUUCCUGAUGACGAUGAAGACAUUUAA